AAAGAGAAGAUAUCAAAUGUUUAUGAAGCCUCUGCCUAUUUUCUUUCUCUACUGAUCUGGUACGACUGCAAAACCAACACCAACACCACAUCGGACAAGCAAACGGAAUAAAUUCUACUCACAGAUCGGUCACUACUAAGGCCAGUGAUCUCAUGGACAGCAGCCCCCUAAGGAACAUUGGAAGAGGCAAACAUGGCAAAAUCAAGAAACCACGUGGGGGACUUCUUGGAGGAGUUCAGAGAGCAGAUCAUUGCGCAGGUGAGAUUAUCUGGACCCAUAACAGACGCUGUGAUCUCACAACAUCUUAUCCCAGAAGAGCUGGCACACAGCGUCCGUGCAGCCCAGACCACACAAGACCAGAUGAGGGCUCUGUUUGAAGCCGUAGAGAGAGAGACACCRCAAACCAAACGUGCAUUCCAUCUGAUAUUGAAACGGAAAGAGCCUGAACUCAUGGACAAGCUAGAGCAGAGACAACGAAACAGUAAGAUGACACAGACAGGAUUGGAUCAAAGGUAUGGAGAUACCACAACAUUAGAGGACAAGACAACACCAAAACUUGGCAUACAGACAAAAAAGGAAUCUCUUAAGAGACGAAGACAAGAAACAAUGCAAGCAAUUGAGGAGAUUGAAAAACUUUGGGAGGGGUCAAGAUGGGAGAGAAAUGAAACGAACUACAUGAAAGCAAAGAUUAAGCAACAACAAGAUGAAAUAGAAAGGCUAAUGGCUGAGAAACAAGAGCAAAACACAACGAUGGAGCUGAUGAGGAUGGAGAUACAGAAUGUGAAUGAAAAACUGAAACAGAACAUGGAGGAAAUAAAUGUAGAGAAAGACAGAAUACGACAAUUGUGGGCUGAUGUCCAAACAGAGAAAGACAUUCUGGAGAGAAGACACAAUGAGACCAUUAACGAGAGACAGAGUUUGGAAUUGAUCAAGUAUGAGACAUUGAGAGCAAAAGAGGAGAUGGAGCACUGCAAGGAAACUACAAAACAAGAGCAGGAGAAAAUGGAACAGAUUAAGGCUGACAUUCAGGGACAGAUAGAGGACAUGGAAAUAAGAAUUGCAGAAACCAAUCAAGUAAAAGAAAAAAUGGAAGCGAUGAAGGCCGAUGUACACCGGGAGCAAGGUCAGCUGGAGACAAAAAGAGAGGACAUUAAAAGACAAAAAGAACAAUUUGAGCAGAUUAAAUGUGAGAUAGACAAAGUAAAAGAAGAGAUGGAUCGAAGGUGGUAUGAAACUGAGAAAGAAGAGCUUGAGCAGAGAGCUAGGAUCCAGCAAGAGAAAGAGGAACUUGCAAAUGUAAAAGCUGAGCUGCAGAGAGCUAAAGAGGAGGUUGAUCAACACAGGGAGAAGACGAAGCAAGAGAAGGACCUGGUCAACAAAAUGAAAGCAGAGAUUCUUCUAGACAAGGAUUCACUUGAGAAGGACAAACAAGAAACAUUAAGAAAACAAAAGGAGUUGGAGCAGAUCAAGUAUGCGAUUCAAAUGGACAAAGAGGAGAUUGAGCAAAACAGAGAGGAAGCAAAGCGAGAGAAUGAGAAGAUGGAACAGAGGGAAGCUGAACUGCAGAGACAAGUGGAAAAGAUCGCGAGAAAAAUUGAGGAGACAAAGCAAGAACAUGACCGAAUGGAAAACGUAAAAGCAGAGAUACAGAGGACGAAAGAAGCACUGGAGAAACAAAAAGAUGACACCAGGAGAGUGAAGGAGGAAAUGGAAAAAAGAAGGUAUGAGACUGUCAAGGAGGAGCUGGAGCAGAGAGCUGAAAUACAGAGACAGAGAGAAGAAGUGGAAAUGCUAAAGUCUGAAAUGCAGAAAGCCAAGGGCGUUGAAGAAAUACGAGAAAACCGAGCGAGAGAGGAAGCCAAAAAGUGGAGUGAAGAAGUAAAGCGACAGAGAGAUGGGAUCAAACAAUUGAGAGCUGAAGUUCAGAAGGAAAAAGACAACGUGGAGAGGAAAAAGCAAGAGACAAUGAGAGAMAGACAAGAAUUGGAGAGGAUUCAUUUUGAAACACUGAGAAUGAAAGAGGAGAAUGAGCAAAGCAGGGAGAUCACAAAACGAGAAAAGGACCAAAUGGAGCAGAUGAAAGUUAAUAUACAGAGACAGAUAGAAGAUAUCGAAGAUAAAGUUACAGAGACGAAACGAGCAAAAGACAAAAUUGAAGAAGUUAAAGCAGAGAUACAGAGACAACGUGAAGAUCUGGAGAGUAGAAGGGAAAAGACAGAGAAAGAGAGAGAGCAUUAUGAAGAGGUUAAGUAUGAGAUAACUCAAUUGAAAGAGGACAUGGAAAGGAAAUGGUGUGAAACAGAGAAAGAAGAGGUGGAACAGAGAGCAAGAGCACAGCAAGAGAAGGAAACACUUGAAAGGUUGACGGAGGAAAAACAGGAAGUGCGAGAGGAAAUAGAAAGAAACAAGGUGGAAACGCAACGAGAAAGAGAAAACCUGGAAAAAAUGAAAGCCAGUGUAAAAGACGAGAAAAACAUUGCAGAGAAAAUAUCAGAAGAGGCCAAACUAAAGAAUGAGAACUUAAUGGAAAUGGAGCGUAAACUUCAGGAAGAAAGGGAAGAGAUCAAGAGGAGCACGCAAGUCACAAAGCAAGAGAAGGAAGAGAUCGUAGAGAUGAAGGCUGAACUCCAAAGACAGAUGGCAGAAAUAGAGAACCGUGUGAAGGAGGCAAACAGAGCAAAAUAUGAGGUGGAUCAGGCAAAGGUGGUCGUACAAAAAGUGGAGUCCCAGCUGAAAAAGCAAAGAGAUGAGGCUGGAAGAGUAAAAGAUGAAAUUGAGAAACAGAGAUAUGAAGCAGUGAAAGAACAGCUUGAACAACGAGCUGAAAUCCAAAGGGAAAGAGAAAUGUUGGAGAAAAUAAGAGAUGAGUUACAGAGAGCUAAAGAAGAUUCCGAAGAAAUACAGCUUCAGAACGAAAAAGGGGACUUACAAAAGAAGAUGGAUGAAACAAAGCAAGAGAGGGAGAUGCUUGAGCAAAUAAAAARAGAGGUUUUGUCAGAAAGGGCCAUAUUGAAAAGACAAAUCCAUGAAAGCGCAAGAGAAAGAGAGGACUUGCAAUUGCUUCGGUGUGAGACCCUGAAGAAAAAGCAGGAGUUUGAGAAAAAGAAGGAUGAAGCUGUCAUGGAAGAGCUUGAAGGGAGAGCUGAAAUGCAGAGAGAUAGAGAGGAGAUAGAGAGAACCAAGAAGAAAAUAGAGAGGGAGUUAAAACAAGGCAGGGAUGCCACGAGUCUAGAGAGAGACGAAGUUGAACGGAUGAAGGUUGAAAUACAGAACCAGCACGAGGAAAUGACAAGAUCCAUUGAGAGGACAAAGCAAGCCAGAGACGUGAUGGAACAGAUGAAAGAUGAAAUUCAGAGAGAAAAACAACUUUUGGAGAGAAUAAGGGAAGAAACAAUAAGAGAYAAAGAACCCUAUGAAAAGGUCAAGUGUGAGCUAAACAGAGUAAAAGAAGAGAUGGAAAAACUCUGGGACGAGGUACAGAGGGACGAACAGCAAGAGAGAGACAAACUGCAGAGAGAAAAUGUGGAGUUGAAUAAUAGAAUGGAGGAAAUUAACAAAGAGAUUAACCAGAUUGAAACAAUUAAAUUUGACCUAGAGAGACAGAGAGAGGAGAUUGAAGCAAGGAUGGAGAAGACAAAGAGAGAGAUGGACAAGCUGGAACAGACGAAGGCUGAAAUACAAAGACAGAAAGAGGACAUUGAAAACAAGAUGGCAAAAACAAAGAGUGAGAAAGAGGAGAUGGAAAGGAUCAAAUCUGAGAUACAGAAGCAGAAAGAGGAAAUUGAAAACAAAAUGCAACAGGCAAAGACAGAAAUGGAUGAGAUGAAAAGUGUGAGGGAAGAUAUUCAGAGACAGAGACAAGAGAUCGAGAACAUGAUGCAAAAGGCCAAGAGAGAGAUUGGAGAGAUGGAACUAGUGAAGACMGAGAUGCAAAGGAAGAAAAAGGACCUUGAACAGAUGAUGAGAAAGACUACGAGAAGAAAGGAAGAAAUGGAAAAGAUGAAGGAUGAAAUAGAGAGAGCGGAAGAAGAUYUGGAACAAAGAAGGGAAGAGACCAAAAGGGAGAGAGAUGCAAUUGAACAGGCGAAGGCUGAAAUAGAAAGAGCAAAAGAGGAACUGGAGAUUCGUCUGGAAGAGAGCUUUAGAGAUAUUGACGAGAAGGAACAGAUGAACGCUGAGAUACAGAGAUUAAUCCAAGAGGUAGAGCGAACCAGAGAAAUGGUACGACAAACAAAAGUGGCAAUGGAAAACAGGAUGGAAGAAAGCAAUAUGGAGAUGGGUGACAAAGACAGAGUGAAUGCUGUAAUCCAGAGAUUGAUUCUAGAGGUGGAACAAACCAGAGAGGUGUUAAGAAGGGUGAAAGAAGAAAUGGAACAGAGCAAGGAGGAGUUAAAAGGGGAAAAGGACAAAAUCAGACUGAUGAAGACGGAGACACAAAAAAGAAAAAAAGAGCUGGAGCAAAGGAUGGAGAAGAUCAUGCGAGAGAGGGAUGAGUUAGAACUGGUGAAGUCAAAGAUACAGAGACAAAAGGAAGAGCUGAAACAGAAGAUGGAAGAUGUAAAGACUGAGAGUGAAAAGAUGGAACAGAUGAAAGAUGAAAUACAGAGAGCGGUUGCAGAGAUAGACCUGGCAAGGGAGGAGAUACAAAGAGAAAAAAGGAAGAUUAAAGAGGACAAUGCAAGGAAAAAGAAGGAUAUGAUGGAGUCUAUGAAAGCUGAGCUUGACAGACAGAAAGAGGAAAAAAACAGAAUGAAAAAGGAAAUGCCAAUGAUGAAGACCAUGGUCCAGAGACCACAGGAUGAAACAGAAAGGACCUAUCUUGGAGAUAUGACAACUGAGAUCCCAUUUGAGUCACAAGAGCUAAGAACCGCCAUUGAAAAAGAAAGAAGAGACUUGGAGCGCAGAGAGAAAAUGAUUAUGAGAGAGAAGUAUGACCUGGAAAAGUCAAAAGCCGAGUUUGAGAAGGAAAAGGCUGAGAUGGAAAACAUGAUCACAAAACAACGAGAGGAGGACAGACAAAUGAUUGAGGACAUAGAAAAGAAAAAAGAAAAUCUCAAGCAAAUGGAUGCAGAGAUGCAAAGAAAAAUACAGGUAAUCGUAAGGGAGGUGCAAUAUAAAAAACAAAAGAUGCAGCACUUUAAAAAAGCCAAAGAUAAGUUUAAACAAACGCAGGUUAAAUUUAGCAAAGAGAAAAUUGAAAUGGGAAACAUCAAAAAGGCUACCGUGGCGGAAAGAAAUAAAUUAGCAGUAGAGCAAGCUUACAUAGAGAAACGUAAGGAGGAGAUGGAAGCSAUCCUUGAAAGGACAAAGAAGGAGAAGGAAGAUCUGCUGAACUUAAAAGCUCAAAUAGAGGGACGGAAAGAAGACAGAGACGAAUGGGGUGAAAGCCUGAACAGGGAAAGAAAGGAACUAGAAUAUCUGAAAAGUAAGAUGCAAAAAGAAAAAGAGGAUACGAUAAGAAACAGGAAGAUUURGGAAAAAGAGAAAAAGGACUUGGAGCUGAUGAGAUCUGAGACGCAGAAAGAAAAGGGGAAGAUGGAACAAGAGAAGCUUAAGGUACAAGUGGAGAGAGAAAAGCUUGAACAAAUGAAACUUGAGUUACAGAGGAAGUCCAACGACCUAGAUAUGAUCAWAGAAGACACAAAGAGGGAGAAAGUCAGCGCAUCAUCAAUUCCACAACAAAAGAACGAAAUUGAUUGUUUGGUGGAGGAGACAAAGAGGAGUAAAAUCGAAGAAGAAUUGAUGAGCGCUGAAAUAAAAAGACAGAAAGAGGAGAAAGACGGCAAACAAGACAUUCUAUCGAAGGAGAGAGAAGAUCUGAAUAAACUCAGAACAGAGGUAAACAAUCAGAGAGAAGAGAUUGAAAAUAUCAUGAAAGAGCAAAUUAAAGAAAAGUCUCUAAUUAAUCAGACAAAGGCAGAGAUGGAACAAGAGAGAUGUGAGUUGGACAGAAAAAAGAAAAUGAUAGAGCAGAAUAUGGAUGAGCUAGAGCAGAGAAAGUGUGAGAUGAGAAAAGUAGAAAACAUAAUUGUCGAACUUAGAAAAGAAGAAGAGAGUAUAACGAAUGAGAUGAACAGGAUGAGAAAGAACACAGAGCAGAAAAUGUUUGAAAUACAGAGACGGUCUGAAAACAUAAAUCAGCUAAUGGAUGAGACAAGACGGGAGAGGGGGAAGGUUGAAGAACUGMCUAUCCAAACUCAAAAACAAAGYGAAGAAAUGGUGGGUUUCAUGGAAAAGAACAAAGAAAAGCAGAACGAACUGGAACUCAUGAAUGACAAGAUUGAAAGAGAGAAACAAGACAUCGAAGAAAGUCGGGAUGUGCUAACAAAGGAGAGAGAGGAGCUGGAACAAAUGAGGAAUGAGACACAGCAACAGAGAGAGGAGACAGAAUCUCACAUGGAAGACCAAAGGAAAGAGAAAGAACAUUUGGAACAACACUAUAACAAGGACAUGAAAAAACAGUUGCUAGAGGUGGAAAAUGACAAGGAAAUGAUAGAAAGCUCAAUGGGUUGAACUGAG